AUGGCUUCUGAAUCAGCUACAGCUCUUUAUAUAUUGUCUAUUGGAGAUCGUCUUUAUCAAACUGUUGCUAUAUCAAUUAUUAUUGUGAGUACAAUUGGAAAUGUUUGUAACUGUUUCGUAUUUCUUUGUAUUCCACCUUUGAAUAAACAUCCAAAUGCUUUGUUCAUCAUUGGAUCAUCAGUUGGAAGUUUCUUUUUUAUUAAUAUUGGUCUUUCGUCAGCUGUUAUACGAGUAUAUACUGGUACUGAUCCAUCGCAUAAAUGGUUAUUUUGGUGUAAACUUGCUACUUGGUUUACUUAUUCAAGUGGUUGUUUUAGUUUUAUGUGUAAUUGUUUUGCAGCUCUCGGUCAAUUUCUUUUAACAUUACCAAGAGUUCGAUGGCAUCGAUUAAUCACACAUAUUCGAGCACAAAUAAUGCUUUUCUGUACAGCGAUUAUUUGGUUUUUCAUAUUCUUACCAUUCCCUAUAUUUUAUAUACAUGUUCCUUUAUCAAAUACAACAUUUGUCUGUACGAGUUCGUAUCCUCUAAUGACUCGCUAUGGUACUUAUUGGAUUAUAAUUGGUUAUUAUUUUCUACCAAUUAUUCUUAUAUUAAUUUUAUUUUGUUUGACUCGGUAUAAUUUGCAACAACUUUUAAGACGUCGUCGUACAUUAGAUGCUGCAGUAACUCGAAUGAUGCUCAUUCAAAUGUGUAUUUUACUUAUUAGUGGUAUACCAGCAGGACUUUACUUGUGUUAUAUUUUAGCAACACAAUAUGUUGCAAAAACAACAUUACGAUUUGCAUAUGAAUAUCUUAUUUUACUUGUUCUCAAAGAAGAAUUAGUUCUUCUAUCGAGACCUUAUGGUGAUGAUGUUGCUUUUGUUAAAUCAUCAAAUGAUCAUAUUUCUUAUCGGAUAAGUAGAAAUCGUCAUCAUGGUCUUGAUCCAUAUUUAUUUGCUCAUACAUUAAUUUUAUCAUGUUUAGAACAAAAUGAACGGAUUCAAGGUUCAUCAUCAAUGCAUAGUCUUGUUCAUCGUGCUCUAGGUUGUGCUAAAAAAGUAUCGGUGUUUCAUAGUUUUAUGUUAAUUAGACAAAAUAAUUUAAAUAUUUGUUCACAUCCACAAUAUCAUUGUGAUUCAUCUCCUUUUCAAUUAUCUUCUCUUUCAAUAAGAACAAUAUGA